AUGAGCGCGAAGGAUGUGUUUCAUGACAUCAAGCAGACGGACUUCAAUGGCAGGGUCUGCCCUAUAGUCCUACAGAACUUCAACGGGCCCUGCCCCUUGCUGGCGCUGGCGAACAUCCUUCUCCUACAGGGAAAGAUCUCGCUGCCGGCGGGAGCCACGGAGGUGUCCCAGGCCACGCUGGUCGCGCGGGUGGCGAACCACUUGUUCGAGAGCAACAGCAAGGUUGACGCGGAGUACGCCGCCAACCAACAGCAGAACAUCAACGACGCCCUCAACCUGCUCCCGAAACUCACCACCGGCGUCGACGUCAACGUCAAGUUCACCACUCCGAAGGGCUUCGAGUUCACGGACGAGAUCGUGGUGUUCGACCUGCUGGACAUCUCCCUGGUGCACGGAUGGCUGGCCGACCCGCAGGACGCCGCGACGUUCGAGGCCGUGGGCGGGCGGUCGUACAACGACCUGGUCGUCGAGAUCGCCACCGCGGGGGCCGCGGCGGGCGACGAGGUGGCGGAGGAGCGCUCGCGGGCCGUCUCGCGGAUGGUGUCAGGGAUGUUCGAGCGGGUGCUGUCAGGCGACGCCCCGGACGACGCUUCCGGCGGCCCCGUGACGACGCUCGUCUCUGACGUCAUGAGGCGGGUCGUGGCGGCCCUCGACGCCCCCCCCGCCGCAGCCUCCGCGGCGGAGGGGCCGGUGCGCACCACCAGCGCGGACGCACGCGCGACGUCGGCGCUGCUCGCGGCGGACUUCCUGCGCGACACGAGCAGCCAGCUGACGCACUUUGGGAUCGAGCGGCUCGGCGAGGAGCUGCGGGCGGGGGAGCUGGCGGUGCUGUUCCGCAACAACCACUUCUCGGUGGUGCACAAGCACGCCGAGUCCGGGCAGCUGCUGCUGCUCGUCACGGACGUCGGCUACCGCAGCGAGCCGGAGAUCGUGUGGGAGGUGCUCGCGGACGUGGGCGGGGACACCACCUUCCUCACCUCGACCUUCCGCCCGUACGUCCCCGCGGGGCACGCGGGGCACGACGGCGCGCCCAUCUCGGACGAGGCGCUCGCCAAGCAGCUCCAGGAGUCCGAGCUUCGGGGCGCGCAGGCGGACGGCGCGGCGACGGUCCCCGUGCGCACGCAGGAAGCCCCCCCGGCCAGUGGCGGGGAGUGGCGGUCCUGGGCGCCGUGGAAGACGUCGGCGGCGGAGCGCCCCGCGACCGCGGACGCACAGCCCGCACCAUCGCCUCCGCAGCCCACCGCGCCCGCGGCGCAGGGGGAGGCCGAGCGGCCCGAGCCAACGCAGCAACAGCGCGCCAACGAGGCGGCUGACGCGGACAUGGCCCUGGCGCUGCAGCUGCAGUACGAGGAGGAGGAGCGCGAGCGGCAGCGGCAGCAGCGCGAGCGCGAGGCGCGCAGCAGGCAGCAGCGCCCCGCGUCCGCGCGGCCUGCGGGUGCGGUGCAGCCGGGAGGGUGGCGCAACCAGAACACCCCCCCCGCUCGUGCGGCGCCGGCCAAGGACAAGACGUCAUGCGCCAUCAUGUGA